UUACUCCUUCAGGUGUGUCUCGUUGGUGACUGCAUUGGAGGCAUUUUGGGGUUUGAUGCCAUUUGCUAUAAUACUAACAGAACUGAUGAGAGUCAGAACAGUAGCAGGAGAGGAAGCAUCAGCAGCAUCCAGGAUAAUCCCCUUUUAACAGAGGACUCCAGUCUGGGUGGCAGAAAACACCUGAGCAAAAGCAAUAUUGACAUCUCAGAAAUCAUGGAGGAUGAAGAGCCGAGACAGCUGUUGCCUAGGAAACAGAGUGACUCAUCCACCUACAACUGUGAUACUAUAACAAAUCAUCAUGCUUUCCUAUCUAGCAUCCACUCAAGUGUGUUGAAAGAUGACGCAGACUUUCUUCCUGCGAAUUCCAGUCUCUCAGAUGUAAACCUGGGCCGGUUUGAUUUUGAGGUGUCUGAUUUCUUCCUCUUUGGAUCACCGCUGGGUUUGGUGCUGGCCAUGAGGAGUACUGUUCUGCCAGGCCUGGAUGUUUGUCAGAUUCGUCCAGCCUGCAGCCAAGUGUACAGUUUCUUUCACUCCGCUGACCCAUCUGCCUGCAGACUUGAACCAUUGCUAGAGAAAAGAUUUCAUCUCCUGCCUCCAUUCGGUGUUCCACGAUACCAGAGAUACCCACUGGGGGAUGGAAGAUCUCAUCAGUUAGGUGAUGCUAUCCAAAACUACAGUGCUCUGUUCCUUGAGAACAGCUCUUUGAACAUAACUCAUUCUCAGGAGAGUUCUGAAUCUACGAACACAUCUCAGAAACAAGAGAGAAGGUUGAGCUUGGCCAGCACAAACAGUGAAAACUCAGGGUCAGCAGAGAGCUUGUCAUCAGCAUGCCUCACCAACAUUACUGCUAAGUGGUGGGGAACAAAGCGAAUUGAUUAUGCCUUGUAUUGUCCAGAUGUCCUGACAGCAUUUCCAACUGUGGCCCUGCCACAUCUUUUCCAUGCCAGCUACUGGGAAUCAACAGACGUUGUGGCAUUCAUUUUAAGACAGGUGAUGAGAUAUGAAAAUGUAAAUUUCAAAGAAAAUGAUAGCCUGGAUCCCACAACACUAAGCCCAUCCAAUCCACGAGAAAAAUGGUUACGCAAAAGGACGCAUGUAAAAUUGAGAAAUGUGACUGCUAAUCAUCGGGCAAACGAUGUAAUUGCUGCAGAAGAUGGUCCUCAGGUACUUGUUGGGCGCUUUAUGUAUGGACCUCUGGACAUGGUAGCUUUAACAGGUGAAAAGGUUGAUAUCUUCAUAAUGACUGAACCAUCUUCUGGUAGGUGGGUGUAUUUUGACACAGAGAUAUCCAACAGCAGUGGCCGGAUAUCCUACAGCAUACCCAAACAGAAGAGACUGAGAGUUGGUGUAUAUCCCAUCAGAAUGGUGGUCAGAGGGGACCAGAGCAGUGCCACAAGCUACCUGACUGUGCUUCCUCGGGGAAUGGAAUGUGUUGUGUUCAGCAUUGAUGGUUCAUUUGCAGCAAGUGUUUCAAUAAUGGGAAGUGACCCCAAAGUCCGAGCUGGGGCUGUUGAUGUUGUAAGACAUUGGCAGGACCUAGGAUAUCUGAUUAUCUAUAUUACUGGCCGUCCAGAUAUGCAAAAGCAGCGUGUGGUUUCAUGGUUAUCUCAACACAACUUCCCUCAAGGAAUGAUCUUCUUCUCUGAUGGACUUGUUCAUGACCCACUGCGACAAAAGACUAUUUUUCUACGGAAUCUCAUGCAAGAGUGCCACAUCAAAAUCUGUGCUGCAUAUGGUUCGACAAAGGAUAUUUCCGUUUACAAUGUCUUGGCUCUGUCGCCAUCCCAGAUCUACAUAGUUGGACGAUCAACAAAGAAAUACCAGGCACAGUGUCAAUUCCUCAGUGAGGGUUAUGCAGCCCACUUGGCCUCACUGGAGUUCAGUCUUCAUUCACGACCCAAAAAGAACAACUCUCGGAUGAUCUUGAGAAAAGGCAGCUUUGGCCUCCACUCUCAACCUGAAUUUUUGCGCAAGAGAAACCAUCUCCGCAGGACUAUGUCUGUACAGCAACCUGACCCACCUUCUUCAAACCCCAAACCAGAGCGUGCCCAGAGCCAGCCUGAGUCAGACAAAGAUCAUGACAGGCAUUUGCCUUCCAUUGCUUGGGUUAGGGGUGGAGUCCAUAAAUUUGAAUCUGUUCCCUAGGAAGCCUGAGGCUGUAGAUUUUGGGUGCCCUCCAUUUAACUUGUAGUCAUGCCUCAAAGGUAAUAUUUAGGCAGCUUCAAACUAGGAGGUAUAGAGGGGAAACUGUACCUCAGAGUCUUCCCUGCUCUGAAAAAUGCCUUCUUACACCAACCAGAGAACUUCCAGUUUGUUCUCUUGACAUAUUGGGAAAUUUUAAAACAAUAUAAAACUAUCCCAAGUGCUUAAACACUAAAGCAACAGGAAAAAAAAGUAUUCAGUUAUUUUUUACAACAGAUACAACAAAAUGUGCAAUAAGAGAAAAAGCUGCUACAGGCUUUUUACUCAAAAGAAUUGUAGUAUCAGCUAACUAGCUGCACCCAAAACAAAAUAUAAACAGUAGACCCCAUAGGUUACAGAGAAAGUUUACACUUUAAAACAUUAAAUAGUUUCAUCUGUUGCCAAUUCACUUUUGAUGAAGCGAUAUAUUUGUAAGGGAAGCAGAGGUGAGAGUACAAAAAUGGGUCAUCAGGAUUUGUACAGCAAGAUGAUUUUUGGGUGCCUUGAGUCCAAGAUUUCCUUUCAGCUUAUACUCUUGGUCAACAGAUGCUAAUAUAGGCACUCAUGCUGUAUAAGGUGCUGGACAUCAAGUAAAUAGAACUCUGCCUGUGAACCAAAUCGUAAAUGCUUAAUGUUAGAAAUAAACAUCUCUGCCACA